CAUAUCCAAUAUUCACAAUGAUCUAUUAUUUGCUGCAGGCUGUUUCGACUGCUAUUUUUAGCACAGUGGCCACCAUUUGGCUGAUCGAGGAGACUCUGAUCAAUCUGAUGAUGGCCAGCUUUUUGUUUGUGCUGCGCAUUGCCUGCCAUCCGCUGAUGCUAGUACCAAUGCUGGCGGGCAGCUAUUAUGUGGUUCGCAAGGUGUGGCUGCGACGUCGACAACCCGUCGAUGGUGAUACUGUUCCGGGGCUACGCAGUCUGAGCCGUACUCCGCGCAUCGGCUCGUAUCGUAGCAUGGGCAGCCUUUCGGCACGCAGCAAUGAUAGCUGCGAUUACGAUGACGAAGAGGUUCGCAGGUUGCAGUGCUCUUAGCUUUUUAAUCGAUUCAUGUUUUGUUUUAAAUUAAUGAAGUAUUUGUGUAACUUGGUUUGA